UCCCAACUACGGUUAGGACAAUUCUAAAGUUGGGAUAUGUAAUUAAUGUUUUGUGUGGAAGCACAAUUUUGUAAGUAAAGUAAAGUGUGGAUUUUUAGACUCUUCGUUUCAGGGUUAGUUUGCGGUUUUCUGCUUGAGCAUGGAUUGAAUACGUUUGACAGAUUGUUGUGAGCAAAAGAUUCCAUCUUCACUAUUGCCAUGACAACACUAAAUAACAGCUGGCAGCUAAGUUUCUUCUUUUAAGGUAGUGAGAUUCUGACCCAGCAUUCACCAUGGGAAGGUCACCAGAGGUCAUGAUCGGCAUGUGCUAUGGAUCCAUGGCAUUGUUUCUCUCCAUUCUUCAUAAUGUGUUUCUGCUGUAUCAUGUGGAUGUCUUUGUCUCUGUCUACCACAUUGACAAGACAUCAUUCUGGAUUGGGGAGACAAUUUUUCUCCUCUGGAAUUCCUUCAACGACCCUCUGUUUGGCUGGCUGAGUGACAAGUCAUUGCUCAACAGUGAAAAAGUGACUAGCAAGUUUGGUAGUGAGCCUGAGUUGGUAGCGAGACGCCUCUGGGCACUGACCGUCAACGGACCCCUGAUGGCCAUCUCAUUCAUGCUAUUCUGGUUUGUGUGGUCGUUUCCUGGGUUACAGUUUGCUGUUGUCCUAUGUCUCUACGAUGGGUUCCUGACGGCAGUGGAUUUACAUCAUACAGCACUGCUGGCUGAUCUAGCCCUAUCAGCAAGAGACAGAACUAAACUAAAUGGCUACAGUUCAAUGUUUGGUGCCCUGGGUUCUCUGUCAGUGUUUCUGUCCUAUGCUGUGUGGGACCGAGACAACUUGCAGGCCUUUCAAGCCUUCUGCUUCGUCCUAGCUACGUUCUCAGCCCUGGGAUUUUUCUUCGUUUCUCGUUACCUUAGUCGUGAAUAUCGACGCCUGCAUAAGAAGGAUGAUAGUUUAGCAUCAGUCGUUAGUGUUCCAACAGCAGCAGAAGGUGUCACAGAAGAGCAAAUAACCAUCAAACAUUAUGUGAAACAACUUAGAAAACAUUCCAAUUUUCAUUGGUUUGCCGUUCUCAAUUUAGUUCAAGUGUUCAAUUGUCAUUUUAACAGCAAUUUUUUCCCGCUGUUUUUGGAAAGACUGCUCGGGGGCGUGCUUACCCCGGCCAUGGGUUCACUGCUCAUCGGUACUUCGUUCGUCAUCCCUCAUAUCAACAACCUGUACUUUCUGUCGUUGUGUCGUAAAUAUGGCGUUUAUACAGUCAUCCGAUGGUUGUUUUAUUGCAAGUGUAUGCUGAGUGGGUUUAUGUUGUUUGCUGGACCAAACAACCUGUGGUUGCUGUGUGCAUUCAUAGCUAGUAACCGUGUGUUCACCGAAGGCACCUGUAAGCUUCUCAACCUAGUGAUCAGUGAUCUCGUUGACGAAGACUGUGUUCUUCACCGCCGUAAGCAAGCUGUGUCUGCACUGGUGUUUGGUACGGCUUCUCUACUGUCCAAACCAGGACAGACUAUAGCUCCUCUACUGGGGACAACACUUCUUGCCAUUCAAACAGGUCAUGACAUUUUCCAGUCCAACUCCGGUAACAUCCGUGCAAUCGGCGCCCUCAGUGCCUCCAAGACUGAGAUGGUGCGCGUAGGGUGCUUCAACUGUCUGGUGUACAUCCCAUUGCUUUGUUCAAUCGUCCAGAUUUUCCUCUGGUCCAAGUUCACACUCCACGGCUCUAGACUGGAAUGGGUGAAGAGAGUUCGCGCUGGUGAUAUUCUGACGCAAGUGUAGUCCGGACUCUGAAGUUCGUGUUUUUUGUUGAUUGGUUUCCAGGAACCAGUUUCAACCAAAGAAGAUACUUUUGCUUUACAUGUUUGUGAACAUUCUGUUAUGAACCAUUUAAAGGCACUGGACACUAUUGGGAAUUACUCAAAAUAAUUGUUAGCCUAAUAAUUUACUUGGUAUUGAGCA